AUGUGUCACAAUCCCAGCGUUGUGGCCUCGUUGGACGAGUUCAGCAACCGGAUCGGAAACGUGUUCCUGGCCCGCGGUCUGAAGAAGGGCGACGCCGUGGCACUGUUCCUCGAGAACCGACCCGAGUUUGUCGGCACCUGGCUCGGUCUGGCCAAGGUUGGCGUCGUGCCGGCACUCAUCAACUACAACCUGAAGGAGACGCCCCUGGUGCACUGCAUACAGGUGGCCGGCUGCAAGGCGCUCAUCUAUGGCGCCGAGCUGAGCAACGCUGUCGCGGACAUCUCCGAUAAACUGGGUGAAGGUUUUCCACUCUACUGCACUGGCUCGAAGGAGGAUGACGCAUUGCUCGUUAAAGGCUCGGUGAACCUGGACACCCUGGUGUCGGAGGCACCCCACUCGCCGCCUACACUGCUGGAGAAGCUCAACUACGCCGACAAGCUGCUGUACAUCUACACGUCGGGCACCACCGGACUGCCCAAGGCGGCCAUCAUCAAACACUCGCGCUACCUGUUCAUGGCCAUCGGCACGUACCACUCGAUGGGGUGGCAGCAGUCGGAUGUGCUGUACUCACCGCUGCCGCAGUACCACACGUCCGGCGGCUGCAUGGGCACCGGCUGCGCGCUGCUGCACGGCGCCACCGUCGUGCAGCGGCGCAAGUUCUCCGUGAGCCGCUUCUGGGCCGACUGCGUCCAGUACCAGUGCACGGUGGCCCAGUACAUUGGUGAGACGUGUCGCUACCUGCUGAACCAGCCGGAGCAGCCGCACGACAAGCAGCACCAGAUCCGUAUGAUGUUCGGUAACGGGCUGCGGCCCCAGAUCUGGGAGCAGUUCCAGAAACGGUUCAACAUCCCCAAAAUCUGCGAGUUUUACGGCUCCACAGAGGGCAACGCCAACAUCGUGAACAUGGAGGGCAAGAUGGGCGCCGUGGGCUUCGUGCCGCCGCUGGUGCCCUGGGUGUACCCCUGCAAACUCAUCAAGGUGGACGAAGACACGGGGGAGCCACUGCGCGACGAGAAUGGCCUCUGCAUCAAGUGCAAAGCCGAUGAGCCGGGUGAGUUUGUAGGUAUGAUGAUCCGCAACAACCCGGUGCGGGACUUCCACGGAUACGCCGACAAGAAGGCCACCGCCAAGAAGAUUGUGCACGACGUCGACAGGAAAGGAGACUGCGCCUUCCGAUCCGGCGACAUCCUGGUGGCGGACGAGGAUGGCUACUUCUACUUCAAGGACCGCACCGGGGACACGUUCCGCUGGAGGGGCGAGAACGUCUCCACCACAGAGGUCGAGGGCGUCAUCCAGAAAACCGUCGGCACCGCCAUGGCAGCCGUCUAUGGCGUCGAGGUACCGGGCGUGGAGGGUCGGGCCGGUAUGGCGGCUGUGGCUGACCCGGACGGGCACCUAGACCUCAACGAUCUGGCCAAGGGCAUCCAGCGCGCGCUGCCCGCCUACGCCCAGCCACUGUUCCUCCGGAGAGUGAAGCACCUUGACAUGACUGGUACGUACAAAUUCAAGAAAGUGGAGCUACAAAAGGAGGGCUUCAACAUCGAAGUGGUCAAAGACGAUCUGUUCUAUUUCGAUGCUCGCAAAGGCUCAUACAUCCCUCUCGAUAAGGAGCUGCAUAAAAAGAUAUGCUCGGGCCAGAUGCGGCUUUAAUCCAAGCUUCGCCUUCCAGUUUCCACCACUGGCUGAUGGAAAGUAGCUCUGAUUUGACUGUGAAGUGUCUGGAUUCCGUCGGAGUCUGAGUUUUAGGCCUGCCGUUAGAAAGGGAGAGCAGAGGGCGCUGAGCUUUGACCCCAAAUGGCGCUAGUGGCGUCAAUUCGGCCGCAAUAACCGAUCGUGCUGUUGUUGGCCGCACGUUAGCUGUUUUAUUGGUGAAAGAUGAUAUAUAGCACACGUGGUAGCGGGAAAUUGAACCCCGCGAUCGACCUUACGGUGUCAUUUUUUGGAAGCCCGUUUUCUAGGUGUUGGUAUCGCUCAAUAUCCCGCUUGUGAAGCUCAGUUCACCGCGGCACGCCGGCUGUUUAGGUGCCAUCGAAUGGUGACCGGCUACCGUAGUUCAAUUAGACCACUGCCUGGUGUUGUUCAUACAUGGGCAGCGUGUUAUAACCGGUGUUUGUUAGAUGCGCCUUGUUAUUCGCCUUUCCAUGCCGUCCAAGGUGUUGGGUGUACUCAGCCGCUGUGUUAGCCCAAAUCUAUUUCCAGGCCGGUGGCGUAGGAAAUUUAGUGCAAGUUUUGCGCCUUUGGACAUGAUUAUUACAUUGGUAAACUACUGUCGACUGCGAUUUUUUUUUUGUGCAUCGCUAGCACGAAACCUGACGACGGUUGUUUCCGCGUUCAUAACUGUAUGAUACGAAUCAUCUGAUGAACCUUGGACUAGCUGUGAAUUGUGAGCUUGUCGAAAACGCCCGAGCUUCUCCCGCCAAUAUUUUCUGAUUCGAUCUUGUGCGGUUUUGGCACACGCCACCUCGUCCAUCUUUUCUUAUCCAGUAGUUUGGGUACUGAAUUGGCAGCCCCUACAUCUAAGCGUUUCUUAGUUUCCAUCUUUAUGCUCCAUUCAGAUGAUUACACCUUUUUCAAACUGUGGCCCUUUGGUCAAAUAACCGGAUAUCGCAGUCUUCCGAAUCUUUGUCCGUGGCAUUAUCGUUCAAAAAUAUUUCGCAGCUGUUUUGUGACUUGCGGUCUCGUUUUCCUCAUGCGAUUCCGUUGGACAUCCUGGAUGCAACAAUUUGCUUCACCUCAAUGGAAUAAGAGUUAGGGCUGAAACAGUCUUUCUGCAGUCAGGAAAUCGCACGCGAGAGCAUAUUAAAAACAUAUACUCGCGCUUGCAUGUGAUUUACUGACUGCGAGAAGAGUCUGUUUCAUCUAUGGUUUCAGCCUUGAAAUCGGACUUGGUCAUUUGCUCGGACAACCUUUGGCUUUAGUGACAGCUGCAGUUUUUCUAAUGACAACAAGUUGGCCGUAUUUGAUGUGUGAUAGGCGCAAAUGAGUGCGUGUGUGCUUGGUGAGAAGGCUGUUGGUCAGUACGUGAUAAAUGUUGUACGAAUGUUAAGCUCGUAUGAAAAUGUGUACAAAUGUUCGCGCAUGGCUGAUUUAUAGGCAAAUGUAUGUUUGUUAAUGUGCGAGUACGAGCCAUGAAUGACUGUUUGCUGUUGAAGUUGAUGAAUGCUCUUGCAACUGUUAUUGAGAAGUGGGGCGCAUUUGAAAGCCACAACAUUAGCUCAAUGGGUGCAGGCGCUUACAUGCGAGGGCCCUAGUGGGGAUCCAUACUAAGCUUUAGACGAUUUUGACAAAGAAGAUGCCUGGAACCGCGUGCCCGACCUACAUGGAGGUUUUCAUAUUUCUGGUGAUGAGCAGUAAGCAAAGAACUUGGCUGUCCGCCGUUGUACCGUCAAUUUUUUUUUUUUUGCCGAGCGCUGUGUGGCUGUAGAAUAUGUCACCUAUGUUGUUUAAUGAGAGGUGCCCAGCACGUCAGUUGUCCGUGUCUGAUUUGUGGCGCUUUGGCUGUAGAAAGUGCGACGUGUGUGGCUGUAUGAGAGGUGCCCAGCACAUAAGCUAGUUUCGUGUGUGAUGUGUGACGCUGUGUGAUAGUUGUAGCAAUGCUCAGCAAUGCAGGGUAGCGGCUGGCACGCCUCUGGCAGCAAUUGUGAAAUGCUGCCAUACAUAUCGACCCACGGGAUUGUCAAUUAGUGGUGGUCAUUGGACAAUACAGCCAGGGUUUGGCAAA